UAGCAUGGACUAAUGGAUAAAAGACUAAAGUCCACUUCUGCAUGGUUUUGGUCUUGGACUAAACGAAGUGUGAAAAUAAAACUACCUGUACUUGGUUUUCAUUUGAAUGAAUUCUCAGUUUACUUGUUGGUUGAGAUUUGCAGAUUAAAAUUGGAACCACAAGUUUACAUACACUGAACACAUACCCAUGGUUUGAAUGGAAUCAGAAAAACCUCUUUAAGUCAGAAUGACUACUUGAUAAAUGAAUCGAUAAAUGAGAAUGUCAGAUUUAUUUAUGGAUGUCUUCAAAAUCAGAAGCUUACUGUAUGUUUACUGUCUCUAUAAAUGAUGAGGGAAUGUCCAGAUGAUGAUGUCAUGGCUUUGGAAACCUCUGAUUGGUUCACUGACAUAUUUGAGUUAACUGGAGUCACACCUGAGGAUGUUCUUCAAGGCCGUGGAACACACCGCUUUCUGGUUUGACACGAUGGGAAGGUCAGCAGAAAUGAACCAAGAUAUCAGGAAGAGAGUCAUGGAGCUGCUCCAGUCUGGUUCAUCCUGGGAACCAUUUACUGAUGCUUGCAGCUGCUGCGUUCUUCUGUUGAAAGGAAGUUAAACUCUGGUUGUAAAUUUGUCUUGAGAUGGACAAUAAUCCUAAGAUACAGCCAGGUUACAUAGUGACUUUCGGUGUGGUCAUGAGAAAGCCCUGGUCUCGACCUUGUAGAGAAUGAGGGAAGAGAGAGAGCGAGAGAAUGAGGCGGCCUACAAACCUGACUCGGUUCCAGCAGUUCUGUCCGAUGGAAUGGACCAGGUAAUGCUGCCAAAUAUGGAGGAAGUAUGUAAACUUCAAAUUUUGAAGACCUUGAUAAAUACGUUUCUUAGGCUUUUGUGGCAUUUGGAAAAUAGAAAUAAUUCUGGUAACUCAAAUUAACCUAAAACAAGAAGUUUGGUCUGGUUUAACUUGAGACAGUGAGGGAAAAAAUGUCUUUUUAUUCAGUGUAUGUAAACUACUGGUGUCAACUAUAUUUGCUGUGGAUGGCCAUCCUGAAUUUAAACCGAUUUUCCCAUGGCUGCCUGCUGUGAACCUGAGCAUGGUGUUGCUCCUCAUCCUUCCUCUGAUUGGUGCGGCACCAAACAGUGUUGUUGAUGGUUCUGUCCCAGAAUCCCCUUCACCCAGAGAUGUUGGCUUGAAGCUUCGGGAGGCUCUGAAGCAGCAGCUGGUCAUCAUCCAUGAGCGUGUGGAGGCCAAGAAGAUGGCUAAGCUGGCUCUGGCUGAAGUCAGGCAGCUGCUGGCUAAAGAAGAGGAGGAAAAGGAGCUGGACCUGGGCAGGAAGGAAAUAACUGCUAGGGUGAAGGAGAGAGUGGCCAGCAGACUAAAGGAGGAGGAGGAAAAGAUGGAAAAAGAAGAGAUGGAAAAGGCUCUGGAAAAAGUGCAAAAGGAAAAGGCUGAGGAAAAGGAAGAAGAGACCAAAGAUAAGGGAAGGGAGAAGAAAUCAAAGAAAAGACGGGAAAAAGUGCUGGGAAAUGAAGACAAAGUGAAAUUGACUCUCAAAGAAAAAUGGAAGAAAAUUAGAGCUGAGAAAUCUGUUAAAGGAGGCAAAAAAUAAACUCAGAGCUCUGUACAUUUUAUAAGAAAGGCAAUCCCAGCCACUUUUGAUUGGUGGGCUGGUAGUCAAUAUAUGUUAUAUUGAAUAGUCGUUACCUGUGUAAUAAAUACCAGAACCUCUAAAUGAUGGGACUAUAGGUCCUGAUCUGUUUUACCUGUUAUUCCUGCUUUGUUUAAAUAUGACCCUUUAAAUGGAGACAGUGCAGUCAGCUGAUCGUUGUAUGGAAACCAGUCUUUCCAUUUGCACUGUUGUGACUCCAGAGCAAGGAGUCAUGAAAUCACACCUCAAUAACAUCUCAUAUUAUCUAAUUUUGCUCUUACUUUUUUGUGAAUUUAGAAAAUCUAAUUGCUCAAUAGAUUUUUAAGUGUCUGAGUGUAAAAUAUUAAUAUUCACAAAAGCAUUAGGUGAGAUCAGUGAGAAGGCUGAAGUGUUUCUGCUAGUAAUUGUGUCGACUUUCUACAGAAUUUCCCCCAAAAAAUGGAUCAGACUGAAAAAAAUCAAGCCAUAAAUAAUGUUUUCACAGAAUUAAAAAGAAUUCUCUAUUAAAAAUGUCAUAAUUUUUACGUUCUGAUUCUUAACAUUUACAGAAGCAUUAAUGUUGUAGCUAAAAUCACCUAAAAUAAUAGAUGGAAAAUAAAAAAUAGUACCUUAAAUUAGGUACUGUUUUUGUCAUGAUCUGCGAUCCCUAACACACAGCACAUCAAAGCACUUUUAAACUUGAUUUGUUUAUUUUCAAUAAGUUUUGACUAGACUGAAGAAUCUAAUGGACCUAGCUUGGUAGAUGGAAUAAAUAGAUUUUUCUUUUGCCAAUAAAGAUCGUUCACUGGUUUAAAACUCUUUUUUUAUAUAUAUUUUUUGUUUAGUUUUGUGUUCUUUGUAUCUUCACAAGUAAAUUAUGUAUCAGCAUUUGUUUGAUUUCAAUGAAGUUGGAAGACUUGAUGCCAGAGGAUGAUGACGUUUCAUAUCCAGUCAGGAUGGAGCAGAACACUGAAUCCCACUGCAUCGUCUCAGUAAACAUUCUCUAUUCAGAGCAGACGUGCAUCAGAGAAAACACACAUGCUUCAAACACAUUAUGGGACUUGAUGCUUCUCAAUUUCUAUUCCAUGUCCUCACGUUUCGACUUGUGUAAAGCAUUUUUUAAAACAUGUUUUACACAGUUGUCACAGGAAACUAACAGCAGCUUUAGGUCUUCACUGUAAACUUUACAAGUUUUUCAUUACAAUUUCAUUUUCUAUACACUGCUCUGUUGACAUUACUUUGGGGUAGCAUCUGUAGUUACACAUUUUAACACAAAAAUGUACGUGUGAAAUCCUGGAUUGUAUAAGUACAAGUUGGUUAACAGUGAAGAAAAUGGAAAAACAUAAUGCAGUUAAAAUCUACUGUAAACGGUAAAAAUAAAAUUAUUCAAUUGACAAAGUUA